AUGGACUUUUUUCAUCUCUGGAAACUGUUAGUGCAUAAGUUAAAUCAAGAGGAACUAGAGAAAGUGGCUGCUAUCAUGAGAAAUAUCUGGUUGAGAAGAAAUAAGUUUGUCCUUGAAGAUAAGUUUUCUAGUCCAAAUAGAACUAUAAGAGCAACUUUGAAAAUUUUGGAAGAGUUUCAAAGGGCACAGAAGGACCUGAUUAGCAAUCACAGUGCUAUAGGGACUAGCCGAAGUGUAGAAAAGUGGAAGAGGCCAGGAGAGGAAAUGGUAAAAGUAAACUGGGACACUUCUUUUGACUCCAGCAACUUGAAGAUGGGUGCUGGUAUUGUCCUAAGGGAUGGAGAGAGUGAGGUUUUAGUAGCCUUAUGCAUGAGUAAAAUGAAUGUCAAUCAUCUGAUACUUGCUGAAUUUCAUGCACUAUGGAGAGCUGUGGAAUUAUGCAUAGAACUGAACAUGAAAAAUAUAGUUUUUGAAGGUGAUGCUUUGGUAGUGAUAAAAGCUGUAAAUAGUAAAAAAGAGGUCUGGGUGUGGUAUGGUCAACCAAUAGAGGAUUGA